AUGUCGCAACAAUAUGACGAAGGUGUGAGGAGGAAGCUGAAAUUGCUAGUUGUAUCGCACUUAGCCUCAAAAAAGAGUGCAACUUCGCAAGAAAUCCGGAAACUAAUCAUGUGAGUUAUGUGACUAACAGAUAGUAGUUUAAUGAUUUUUUUCAGCGAUAUGGAGGGUCGCGAUAUAACACCAGAAGAGUAUAAGAAAGCCGGAUAUAGAGGAAUCAUUGAUAUUUGUCAUGAUCAUGAUGAAAUUAUGCAACUAGGACAUGAUUUAUUCUGUUUGAGAAGUAAUGAUCCAGCAAUCCGAGAUAUCACAAAUCUUGUAAAUGCACAAAAACAGAAAAAGAGAAAGACGAAACGGUCAUCCUCAGCAAUGCCAUCAUUCCGUUCUCACAGUGUAAAUGCUCAACGGCUACGACAUUCAUCACUACUUCGCCCAACUGUUAGAGUGAGACUAUCUAUGAAUUUUCUAUUUCGAUAACCUGCAAUUUUACAGCCGCCACUUCACCAACCAGUGCAUCAUCCUCAUCCUCAAAAAUCGCUUUCCCGUCCAAAAACUGCACUUCCUGUCCCACCAGCCUGGACUCCAUCUCCUACACCAAUUCCACUACAACCAGCAAAAUCUUUUGCACCAGCGCAGAAGAACAUCACAGCUCGACUGAACACAUCUCUUCAAUCACGUCCCUGUGAAAACGAAGUACAACCAGCAAAAUCUUUUGCUCCAGUGCAGAAGAACAUCACAGAUCGACUUAACACAGCUCUUCAAUCACGUCCCUGUGAAAAUGAAGUAACGCGGGUGGUAUUUCCAGCGCCAGAACAAAAAUUCGCCAAAUUACCCACGAUCAAAGAGUUUAGGGAUAAUGUGGCAAAAUUGUUUGCGAAUGGGGCAGAGCUUCAUGUAAGGAGAGAAUAAUUACUGGGAAAAUACUAAAAAAAAGUUUUGCAGAUGGAUGAAUUGGGCGCGGAAUACGAAAGGGCUUAUGGUGUUGCAGUCGAUCCUUAUACGGCAUUUUCGAAGAAAUGGUCAAUGGUUAUCACAGGAUUGUUAAAAGAUGAAUUGAUCGUUGGAGAAAACCAUGUAAUUUUGCAAAAAAGGUCUCAAUUAAUUAAUUAUAUCUAACUUUCAGGUGGUUCGAUCUAAAAAAGUACAACCUCCAUACUUUUCUCUACCAACUCCUACUCCAUCACCAAGACCAGCAUUUGGUGAUCCUCCUACAACAUCAAGAACUCAACCAAGCCGCAAAGUUUAUAUCGAUUUGGACAGUCCGAUCGAGGAAAGGCCUUCAACCAGUGCAAGCACUUCUCAAACAAUCCGAAAACGUGAAUUUGGAACGAAGCCAGCGUCGAAACCAGUUGAAGUUAAAGCGGAGAUCAUCCCACAACGAAAACCUAUUGGACUUGCGCCAUCUAUUAGAUUGUGUACAAAGGCGUUUGCUGAUUUGAAAACGCAAGAGCAGGAGAAUCCAGUUGUGCGAAAACCGGCUGAAAGUUAUGGCAAUAAUCCGUUUAAAUCUUCUUCUGCAUCGAAUACUCGAAUCAAUGAAGAUGGAUUUUUCAAAAUUCCGGAAUACACGAAGACUCCAAAACCGAAAAAGUCGACUGGCUUGAAAUUGCCACCAGCAGGUAAUUUACAACUUCGAUGAAACAAAUACUGAGGUUUCUCUGAAAACCUCUGAAAACGAGAACUAGUUCAUAUUAGACUUAAAAAUUUAUUUUCAGCCGUCGAAAAGCCACCAAGUGCAUAUUAUUAUGCUGAUCUGCCCAAAAAAGAGGUACGUGAAGAUCCUUUGGAAAGUAUGCGAUUUGAAAUAAAGCAAUUGUUUAAGCAUGCAAUUCCACGCUCGUUCACAGCAACACCGUCGGCAAGUUUCUUCAGAAACCACGAUAAUCGAAGCGAACUUCAUUCAUCAAAUAGCAGCCUCCAUCGACUUUUGAUGCAAGAAGCAGAUGCCGCUUUCGUUGAUGUCAGCGAUGAUUUUUAA